AUGUCGAGUCCACGGCGCAGAAUUGAGACAGAUGUCAUGAAGAUGUACGACCUCGACGAUCCCUCGCACGAAUCCCCCCGCGUACUGACAGAAGCAUCUUGUAGGCUUAUGAGCGACUACGAGGUUACCUUGGUGAAUGACAACAUGUAUGGCCACCUAUUCACUCAUUUUCCCCCCCUUUCGGAACCCGAUUUUGACAUCCAUGGAACGCCAGGCAAGAGUUCUAUGUCCGUUUCAAGGGACCCGCAGAGACAAGCCCCCUUCGAGGGAGGAGUGUGGAAGGUCCACGUCGAGCUCCCCGACCAGUACCCGUACCGAUCCCCUAGCAUUGGAUUCGUCAACCGCAUCUUCCACCCCAAUAUCGAUGAGCUGUCCGGAUCUGUCUGCCUCGAUGUCAUCAACCAGACUUGGUCGCCCAUGUACGACAUGAUCAACAUCUUUGAGGUCUUCCUGCCCCAGCUUCUCCGCUACCCGAACCCGACCGAUCCUCUGAACGGCGAGGCAGCUGCGCUGCUCAUGCGGGAACCCAAGAGCUAUGAUGCAAAGGUCAAGGAGUAUGUUCUGAGGUAUGCGAAUAAGGACGCAGCCGACGAAGCAGGUGCCGAGAGCGAGGACGACGACGACAUGUCCUCAGUGGCCAGCUUUGGCGACGAGGACGACGAGCCGGCCGGACAGAUGGACGACGUAUGA